AUGUUUUCUAAACAAAUUGGCACUUUAACUGCUUUCGCUGGUGUUGUAGCUGUCUCAGUUUCUGUCAUCAUAUCAGCAUUCAAUAAUGAAAUCAAAGAAAAUACUGAUAAAAUUAACGAAGAAAUAAAUAAUGAAACAAAAAAUAAAUCACUCUCAAUUCUUUGCGAUUCACAAUAUUUAAUAUAUCAAUUAAAAAACAAACCAUUUAUAAGUUCACCAUUAGUACCCAAAGAAAAACAACAAAAGUUGAAUAAGGUGAUCUCAAAACGAUACACUGGAUUGGCGAAUACUUCAGCUGUUACACUUGGUGUCCACGAUGACAAUCAAUAUGAUGAUGAUGACGAACAUUUUGAUCAAUUAGGUGAAUUGGGUGAAUAUAACGAUGUGAACAAAUAUUAUAAUGAUGAAUAUAACGAUGUGAACAAAUAUUAUAAUGAUGAAUAUAACGAUAUGAACAAAUAUUAUAAUGAUGAAUCUGAUAAUGAUCUUGAAGACAAUGCCAAAUAUUAUGAAUUAGAAGAAGUUGGCAAAUAUUUUGAAGUUCACGAUGGAUGUGAUUAUAUUGAUGCAGACAAAGAAUCUAAUGAAGAAUCCGAUGAAGAUCAGGAAAAAUAUUUUGAUGGUUAUGCUAAUGAAGUCAUUGUCAAUUAUAAUGAAUUAGAAGAUGUUAGCAAAUAUUUUAAAUAUUUUGAAGUUCACGAUGGAUAUGUUGGAAAAUCUUUUGAAGUUCACGAUGGAUGUGAUGAUAUUGGUGCUGGUGCAUAUAAAGAAUCUAACGAAGAAUCUGAUGACGAUCUGGAAAAAUAUUUUGAAGGUUAUAACACUAAUAAUGCUAACGGAAAUGAAGGAUCUGAAGAUUCAGAUGAUGAUUAUGAAUCUGAUGAAAAUGAUGAAUAUGAAGCAAGAUCCGAUGAAGAUGAUGAAUGUGAAGAGUAUUUUGAAAAUGAUGAGUUUGAAAAUAAUGAAUUUGAAAAUGUUAAAUAUAUUGAUCCUAAUCCCAAGUCAGGAAAAAUUGUUAAACUCGAAAUUACGGAAGAUGAAAAGCGAGCGGCAAGUCUUAAUUUGAUACGCUCAUUUGAACAGCUUGAAAAAUUACUUGAGAAUGAAGGAUAUAACGUUGAAAUUCCGCGACCUGACUAUUAA